UCCUUCUACUCGCUGCAGUCUUUUCUGUGUGGGUCCACGCUGCCGCCUGGAAGGACGCGCUGAGCGCUGCGUGUCACCAAAGCCUGAAGACUGUUGCGGAGACCCAAUCAGAUUUUUGUCUGUCGGGACUCUUCUCUCUCUUUGGAUACCGCUGGCUUAGGCAUUGGAUAUGUGCACAGAGGAUGAUGAAAACCCCUUUCCUCCCCGUAGAAGUAAAAUAAAAUAGGCUUUCGCACACACUGGAUUUACUCCUGCCAUUCCAUAUGAAGAAGUCAAAAAGCAAAGCUGCCCUCCUGGUGGGUAACUCUGAAGUGCCUUUUUUUCCCUCCACCUGAACCAGUCCUCAUGUAACCCUCUUAUCUCUAUUAAGAGUUGGAUACACGUCUGUGUCCGUUUCCUGCUGUUCAUCACGUUUGGGGUUCAUUCAGCUACACUUAAAGUUACUGUGACUGAUGACACAGACACAAUAAUCCCUUCACUGAGACAGAAUAUUCCAAACGACUACAAAAUUCCUGUAACCUACAUUACAAAAGAAGUGGUGUUGUACUGAAAAAUGGACCUAUGCCAGAAAAAGCACUAUGGAGUGACAGGAGUAAAAAACAGCAUUUGAAGUUAAAAGGAACCAACACCCCCUCCGUAAUGCUGGCUUGUGUUAAGCCCCACCCCUUCCAUGAAACAACAUUCCCCUGCCUAAAACCAACAAUAAUCUACCUAAAAACAAUCCAGGGUGGGAUGUGUUGGGCAAAUUUAAAUGUUUACAACGUGGAGCAGAGUUUACAAGAAUUAGCCAAUAAGUUUGGAAACAUUUCAACCAAUAAACACGAUAUUAAAAUACUCAUUAUCUAUUUUUACGAAGAGCGGCUAGAUAUCAAAGUGAACCUGGAGGCGCUAAUGGUGGAUUUUCAGUGCCACUACAGGACAGAAAAAUGGGAAACACAGCGAUACUUUGACUUUGUUAAAGAACUCUACAAUGCUUUAAAGCAUGAAAACUCUUCUAAUGAGUGUGAAGAACCUCCCUGUCCCACAACAGUUCCCUUGGACUCACCCACUCUCUCAGAGUCACCCACUCCCUCCGAGUCACCCACUCUCUCAGAGUCACCCAUUCACAACAAUACAGAUUCAAAGUGUACGACGAGCUACCCGUCACGUGCCUGUUCACAUAUCAGUAAUCCAACAUCAGAAGAGCCUCUGGACAUGAUGAAGCUGAUCCUCCUCUCCUCACUGUUUGUUUCAGUCCUCACAAUCAUCCUGAUGUGUGUGGUGUGGAAGGUCAGAUCGCCAAGUAACAGACAGGCUCAUCAACAGAGUCCCGUAGAAGAUGAUUCCUUUACCGGAUCAGAAGGGACAGAACCUCCAGGAAGCGCUGAAACACAGGAAAAAAUUAUGUUGAACGUCAUUGAAACGGUGUAAAGACCUACCCAUCAGCAAACCGGGGCUCUGCUCUUGGCUACAGUUGUUGUCUAAAGAUGAAACUCAAGCACAGCUGAAAACUCUUGUGAAAUGGCCGAAGUGUUGGGACUUCCUCGUCCCAAUGCCAUUACCAGGAAGUUGUGUGGUUCAAUCCAACCUGAAACUUUUUGGAUACUUGCCUUUCUUAUAAGAUUACAUUACCCCCAUGCUGUUGAAGGUGACAAUGACUUAGCAGGUAACCUUACAGCCAUGUCAUCACCCCCCCACCGCCCCGCUGAGGCCUGUGUCCCUCAGCUCCGAAUACUCAUCCAUCAGCACCUGCUGCUUCUGUGACUCUGUGGGGAAAACGACUUAUUUAUCAGCCUGUUUCUCCAGCCUCCCGCUACGCUCAGGCCUACAUCAAUACUACGUCUUCAAAAGAAAAACGCUGAAAGUGACUGAUGCCGGUUAUCUCUUAUUUGAACUGAGGCAUGAUUUACUACCUCUGAAGACCCUCAUAUUAAUCCACCUUCAACAGCUUUCUAGCCUCCUCGAAGCCUGAGGUUUCCCAAGGAAUUAUGGUGGUUCCAGACUUUAGUCACAUUUUCUGGUUUAAGCUUGUACCCAAAAGGGGCGUAUGCUGACGGUGUAUUUAUUUAUUGAUGGUUGCACUCAGCUGCUGCUGUUCCUACAGCUGAAUUGUUUUAAGCAAUCAUUUAAGGGCACCUUUAUUAAUGGGUCACAUUUACUGAAGAGUCUGUGUACUAACACUUUGUAAUCCUAAAAUCUCACUCCAGCUGGAAAUGCUUACCCAGAGAUUGCUGUUCGGACAGACGACCUGAGUGUUUUAGAAUGUGUGGAUGAAUUUCAGUGGAGAAAAACUACAAACCAUUUGUGGGGCAAACAGAAAGACGCCGCUUGAACUAACCAGACAUUUUGACUGUUAAAACCAGACAUGAAAUCCUAUUAAUCAGCAUCAGGAAUUGGGUGGAUUUGGAUUUUGAAACAUUGGCGAGAAUGGGCCUACCACAGGAAAACGUUAGUUCAGCAAUGCCUUUACUUUUUAUUUGUCACAUAUAAAUAUAAAUAUAUAUACAUACAUACAUAUACUGUUUGAAAGGCACAGCGUUUUACUGGAGGGACUGCUAAUGGCCACUUUACUGUAAAAGUGGAACAAAUCAAAUUUCUAAAAGAGUGCAUGGUCUGUAAAAAAAGAAUAAAUCAAAUAAAAAUUCAGGAAGAAUAAGAUUGUUUCCCUCCUGGAUCUUGACUUUGGAUGAGCGACAAUAAAAGGAUGGUUGGAUAUUUAUUGUUUUUAGGGUUGCACAAUAGGUUUUGUCAAAUUAUCAGCAAACUAAUUCAGAAUACCUAGGAGCGGGAUAAAGGCGUGACUCCAUUUAUUCCAAGUUAUGAAUUUAUUAAUAAAAGGUGUAAUUUACUGAAAUAUUUUUUAUGAUUAUUCCUGACUUAAUGCCGAGUGUUUCAUGCAGGCUGAACAUGAAAAUAGUCUCCUACACUUAUUUCCUACAUCAGCUUCUGAUAGAAAACAGAUGGUGAAACUCUAGGAUUAGAAAAUCCUGACAGAUCUACGUCACACUGUCACUGACAUUCAUGCACUCACCCAUCUGGACUAGCAAUGGGGAAGGCUGUUGUUGGUUUAGCAUCCAGGAAACAGCAGAGGACAUCUCGGCUGGUAGAAGCUAACCAUUAGCGUUAGCAACUCCACCACACAGCAGAACUCCUCCAGGCUUGUGGUGUUAAUGAAAAUAAAACAUCAACACUGCAGAGCAACUAGAGUCAGUGGUAGAACUGUGAGAAGUCCAAAUAUCAGCGAAUAAGACUCCACAUCCUGUCGUCUGAAGCUACUUUCUCCUCGGCUGAUUUGUACUUCCUGAAACAAGGCAUUCAUUCCUACAAGAGACCACUGCAAAUAUAUUGAUUAAAUGAGUGAACCACCCCUUUAAAGUAGGUCACAGCAAAGGUUUUGUACUACAAACAAGAAAAUAAUAACAAAUCUGGAUUCGUCUCAACUCAUUGUCAUUUUUCACAAUGGUACAAAUGCACGUUUUUCUAAUAUUGUGGAGCACUAAUCCACAACCCCCCGAAGGAGUUAUGAGAACAUUUGUGACUGUAAAGGGAUCGUACUGGUGAGUCAGUUAGCUCACAAGCUGUAGAGCCAGAUUUACUAGAGCCAGUCUCUCACUGGGCCGCUGGAAACAGUUUUCCAGAAGAGUCUCCUAAACCAGUCAAACCCGUCCAAGCUUCCUCAUGUCCUCACAUAAAACAGGGCUUUGCUGUCAUGUUGCAGAAACCUUGAAUGUGGUUAAGUCCGUGUUCAUUAGUCCAUCUGAGGCUCAUCUGGAAUUCUCAAUGUAAGAAAUCUGAAGCAACUUUGGGACAGAGUUUUGAAUACAUUUUAGGGAACAUUUACUCCUAAAUAGGACAAUUUUGCAAAAUAAUAACUUUGGUCAUUUUUAACAGUUUAUUUCCCACAAUUUGGUGUCACAUUCUGCACCUGAUGUUAUUGUCAUUUGCUGCAAAGAUGAUGCAGAUCUCUUCAAGGGGACAAAGAAUGCAGUUUAUCAGCAAUCUCAAACACUGCUUGAAUCUCUAACAAGCAUAAGACAUUUUGUUUUGGCUUUCAUCUGUCCCAGGAGCCCUGCUACAGGCCAUUCUAACCCCCCUGAAUCAGCCUUGCUGCGAAAAGAGCUGUUCACCACUCCCACUUGGCAAGGACAUGAAUAUGCUAAUGAGCUGCUUGCUGAUUGGUUGGUUUGAACCAGAAGGCCUCAGACAAUGGAGACUGCAGAUUGGAGGAAGAAGAACUCCACAUUGUGACGUUUUUAUGAGGUCUCUCAGAAAAUAAGUUUUUUUUUCUGGCAUUUUUACAUAAAAAAAUAUUUACAUAAAAAAUAGGUUACACACGGCUUUGACUUUUUGGCGUGCUACUUUUGACCACCUAAGCUGUCUUUAUGCACACACAACAAGAAAGUGUUAGUUUAGAUUCUUUUUCCCCUUUAAAGCAAAAGCUGGACCAUAUGAAGUUUGAAAUUUUCCAUUUUUGUAAUUGUGAUCAGAAUUCCAAACGAUGAUUUCAGAAUAACUGUCAGAUCCAGUUAUUCAUCUUUUCCUUGAGGAAAUCUAAAACAAAUAAACCAGAAUAAGUCGUGCAGAAACCUGCUGUAGCUCAAGCUUCGAAGCUUGUGUUUUUCCUGCUUAUCAGAGUUGUAUUUACCUUCGUUAUCUCAGACAGGGCAUGAAACAUUAUCAACUGGGAUGAUAUGUUGACACAUAGCUAGCUUGAAUGCUAGCUGUUUAUAGGAUUUUACACCAUGAUGAAAGUGGACAGUUAGGAAAGUGUUAAAUGUUUUUUUAUUAUUUGCCCACAUGUUAGGCUUUAUUGACCUUUUUGCACAUGUGUGUGCAACAUUUUUGAAAGUAGUUUAAAGGAGGAGUGACGUCUUGAUAACCAUGUGCUUGUAGGAGUUUAUCUAACUAAUCAGACCAGUUAAACGUCAGUCUUUAAUGAGCCUGGACUGACAAAGCAUCUGAAAGGAUACAAACAGGAACAGGUCAGUUGUCUGUCCUGUGUUGUAGCUGUUAAAAAGAAAAACUGCGUGUGUUCUUAGUCAUUGACAAUCAGUGGCGGUUUUACCAUUAGGCAUAGGUCGGCAGCCACCUGGGGCCCCCAUGUGUUGGGGGGGCCCCUAGCCCUGACCGCCGGCACCCCUCUGUUAAUGCCCCAAUACGCUUAUUACCAACCUGUGGCCGCAGACGGGAUUGGACAUGCGCACUUCUCAUUACCAUAAUUCCUGAACCGUUCAAGAUAUUAAAAUUCCAAAUGUGCUGAAAAGAUUUUUAAAAAUGGGGCCUUUCGUGCAUAUACAAUACAUUACGGUAGCCACCGGGAUUCCCUGUCUUGAGCGCAACGAAUCACAGCACAGAUUCAGAGACGUGCUGAGUUUGUCAUCCAAAAUGCUCUGUUUUAUAACUUUUGAAAGGCUGAUCAGAUUUAAAAAAAUCCAACGGUUCCUAAAAGUACAUAAAAGCAGCUUUCCAACGACCCUCAGCAUGAAGCAAUCAGAGUUAUGGAAAAUAUCGCUACGAGGGGAAAUCCUGCUGUACAGCCUGAUUGAAAAGGAGCGCAGCGCCGCAGUGAAAGCGGAUAACGGAACGGGGAAGCUAAUUAGCAUAAAAAGCAGCAUGAAAUUAUGGAAAUGCCUCAAAGAAAAUCAACACGAUCUAUUAGGUGUCCCAGAAGGCUUAUAUCUGAAGACAGUGACCACGAAGAAGGACAGAUCUCCAGUGAACCAGGGUAUGAAUGUUUGUUCAGUCUUUAUUUUUUAUUUGAACAAUCCUCAACUAUUUGCUAAUUGUAAAAUUCAGCUUCAUCCCAGCAUUAUUUAUCUUUUUACUAUAAAUAAUUAUUUUUGCUAAAACAAAAGUUUUUGGUAUAGCAGUGCACGGUGUGCAAGAGAAGCACCCCAUGGCAGUGUGAGGUGUGCAGGACUCUGCCUGCAGCUGGAGAGAAACUGCUUCAAGGUCUACAACCAGGGGCGGCGUUAGGCCUGGCUACUUGGGCUGAAGCCCCGAAUCUUUAAUGAAAAGCCCCGGAUCUCAAACGUGGAAGUAACAUGCAGUACCAAAGUCCAACAGAGAGGGAGCAGCUGGCAGUAGUUUGUAUACAGCCUGCCUGAGCCUCCACCACUGAAGAAGAAGCCCUUCAGCAGCCGGCUUCUUCUACACUCUCUGCCUGAAACGCAUGAGUGAAGAUGGACAUAAGGAGGUUUUUUUAGACCAAAAGUACUGCGACAGAACCCCAGCUUUGAUGAGACUGGUGCUGACUCAGGUUUGUGAGUUUUAUUUGAAAAUAUUUGUUGUGCUGCUGGUUUGCCUAAAGUUAGCUUACUAUCAGGUAAAGUUGUUGGAGAAAGAAAGGGAAUAUUUACUAUCAUCUCACACUAAACACUAACAGGAACAAUACUCUGCCCUGAAUAUGCUUAAUAUGUAGCUUCAGAUUAAAAAUUAUGUGGUACAAGACAAAUAUAUAUGAUGUUGACUAGUGUGUGUGUGUGUGUGUGUGUGUGUGUGUGUGUGUGUGUGUGUGUGUGUGUGUGUGUGUGUGUGUGUGUGUGUGUGUGUGUGUGUGUGUGUGUGUGUGUGUGUUAAGCCCCGGAUCUUCUUCAGUCCUUAAUCCGCCCCUGUCUACCACAUCAAAUAAAAAUGUCUGAAAGUUUACAAAAAUAAAUGGUCUUAAAAACAGCUAAAAAGAUACCAAGGUUCAAACUUUUUUUUAAGAAUAGAUGCAUUUCAGUUCAAAGUUUAAAUUGUUUGCCCAGUCAUUUUGAAGUUCCUGUUCAGUAACAAAUGUAAAAAAUUCUAAUCCGUUUUUUGCUUUUUUCACUUUUAAGCUGAUUUUUUAAAGGCUGUAAUAGAAAUAAAUUCUAAAUACAAACCAUACACUGAAAGCUGAAGUUGUUCUGAACAAAGGAGAGAGUUACACACACUUUGCACUUUUUAUUACAAUUUUACAGUCAUAAGAUUAAAAAAAUACCAGGUGGCCCUGUUAUAAUUAUGGUCAUAAGAGGGUUAUUAAGACGGCGAUGCACAAACAGGAAGUGAUUGGUAGUCAUUCCACUCCAAUCCAGUUGGUGGCAGUAAUGGACCAAAUUGUUGUUUGCCAAGUGCCAUAAGACCACAAAUAAGAAGAAGAAGAAGAGAGAAGGGAGCAUUCAUAGCAAACUCAAAGCGAUAGUCAAAACAUGAAGCAUGUUAUCCUAUUGGCUCCAAUAAGAGAAAGAAGCAGCUUGCUUCAUAAAAGCUUUUAUUUUCACUUCUGAAAGGGACGUUGUUUUUCGAUGUAAACAUCAAAGGAAGCGGAAAGGAAAGACAAUGGAAAAUGUUUCAAGGGAGGAAAACAUAGACCAAAAUGGAAAAAAGAAAAAAAAAUGGCAAAAGCACAGGAGCACUGACAGGAAAAAGAAAGCAGAGCAAAUAUUGAAAGCACUCAAAGGGAGGGAAAUACAGGCAACAAGAGGAGGACUAAUAAAAAGGGAAAAUAACUCGUGUCAGAAGAGGGGAGAGUUUCACAAAUCCAGUUAAAGGUAAGAUUGUUGAAAGUUCAGUGUAAGGGGCCCCAUGUCUGUGUUCGCCUUGGGCCCCCAAAUUGCUAAAUCCGCCCCUGGCUAAACUGCCAUGGAGAGUAAAUAACCCUAACCCUAAUCUCUUCCUGCUGAAUUUGCCUGUGUCCAGCUUUGGUAUUUUGUUUGCAUAAUAAAAUAGUCACAGAUGAAUAGAAACAGUAUGACAAAAUAGUGAAGAUGAAUGGUAAUGUUUAAAAAAUAAAAUCAACUGAGUAAUGCCGUCCAAACCAAGAUUUCAGUUUUGCCUUAAAGUUGCUCCACAGCAUGCACUUAAAGUAGAUUCUCCAUCACAGUGGCAUGGUUUUAACAGUUUAGAGUGAGGACUGAUUUUAUCUAAGAGAAGCUUAAAAAUGGUUGAUAUUCUAUGUUCUUUAUUGGGAUUCAAUUACCAGUAUUCAGCCCACAGUCUGCCUACCACCUCCCUCAGAUCUAAUAAAGGAAGAGCUGCGGGUGUUCCCUUCACGGUCUCAACAGACUCCAGGCCCCUCUGAUAAGAUCCGACUAGAACACUUCAAAGAACAGGUCUAAUAUGACCGAGAUGAAAAUCACAAAGGGGUGAAAUAGAAAGAAAAUGGCAGGAAAAAAGUUGUUGCAUAAUUGAUUAAAGUAAUGAAAAUACUCUACGUAUAUGGGGGAGGUUAAAUAAUCAUUUUGUAUAAUCAGCUUUUUUCAGACUUCAGCUUACAGGUGCUCUACAUGCAGGUGGGCAUGGCUUUACCCAUCUUUGUGUGGGAUCAAAUUUACAGGAAGCCCCAAAAAGGCCGUUCUGAUUUUGUCUGUCCUUUAUUCACUUGAUAAUAUUGGCCAAAUGGCCCCCAGACAGUUUUUCAUCACCCAAUAACCAACUUUACAGUUGAUAGCCUGCUUUACAGACACUAAUGCUGGACAAACAAACCACAUUUGCUAAUUGAAAAAUCACAGACACAGUGCUUGGUAGUCAAUACAAUCAAAUUGAUGGAAACAAAAUUCAAACCUUUAUGCUUAGUUACUCAUGACUCAUAGUGCUCAAAUUAUAUUUUCUCGAAGUUCCUUAGAUAAUUAUUUGUGUCACUACUUUUUACAGACCACCCACCUCUGAUCAUGAACAUUUUUCUUCUCUCUUCUCUUCUGUCUGAGAGAGUUGCUACUAUUGACUCGUUAUUCUUGGACGUAGGACCUUUCCCACCAUCAGAAUGUACAGAACACACAUAAAUUCUACCCUUCAUUUGCCCCACACUGUGAUAAUCUGAUCUUCCACAUAAAUACUGCCACCGCUUUGCUUUGACUGGCUUUAGCUUGACCCAUUCCCUUUAAAGCUGUUUCAUAUUUUUGCUGACCUUACCCGGCUUUGGAAAAGGGAUGAAACAAAUGUCUCCUCAACAUCUGAUCUGGGUAUCUAGAGUCACUUUUGCAACCUUCUGUUUGAACAUCUUUAGAACACUAAACUAUAAAUUUGGGGCAAUUGCAUAAUCUCAGACCCAUAGGCACCCAUGCAAAAUUAACUUUUGCUUGUAUUGGGCAACCUAGACAACCUAGAAUGCACUGCAACAUUACAUCACCUAGACAACCUAGAAUGCACUGCAACAUUACAUCACUUUCUAUGUUUAGCUACUGCAACAUUAGGUAUUGGACUUGAGAUCUUUGCAAUAGACCAUGUCUAACAGCUGUCAUUGAUUUAUGUGUUAACUUCCUCCUCUGUGAAUUUUUCUGUUCAAACUUCAUGAACUUUAUCAGUUAGGGACUUCCACAUGUGGUUCACGAGUUUGCAGUCCAGACUUGUGGUGCUCUCAUCGUUUUUUUUUAAGGAUAAAGGAACCCCAUCCUCCAGGUGUUCUGUUCUGCUGCUUGUAUGAAACACGGUUCCGUCUUUCUGGUAUAUGAAGACAUCAGGAAAUAAACAACCACUUGUUCAAGUAAAAUUCAGUAAGACAACAAAUGGAGCUGCUUAUUUCCCAAGCAUAAUUGGGUAAAGAUACAAAGCUGACAUUUAAGAAUAUAUUAAGAACAUAUGUAUGCUGAAGCAAAGCAAUGUUAAUAAAAUCAUAUCAAAGGGUUUUUGAACUAGCUAGUGGUAAAUCCAGCCACCCAGUAUAAUCAGAGUGAUGCAGUGUGAACAGGGUACACUGACUGUGACCUUCUCCUGUCAUGCAACUACCAAACAAUAACAGGAUAAUGCGUUUAUGGGGCUACUUUCAUUUGUUCCAUCAGAUCAGUUGUCUUAUAAUUGUAUUUUUUCCAUCCUUAGUUUUGUGCCUUGUUUGAUGUGUGUGUGUGUGUGUGUGUGUGUGUGUGUGUGUGUGUGUGUGUGUGUGUGUGUGUGUGUGUGUGUGUGUGUGUGUGUGUGUGUGUGUGUGUGUGUCCACAGCCUAUGUGCAUCCUUGUGGUGGGAGAAUGUGGAAACUAUCAGGCCCGAUCCCUUCUGUGUUUUUCCUCAGUUAAAUUUCUUUAGCUGGAUUUGCCCGUGACCGCUCAUAAUUAGGUACACCACUUCUGGUAAAACAGUGCUUUGAUAUGUGAAAACAGAACAAAUCACAGUGGUUAUUAUAACAUUUCUAUUCACAUUACAUUGAUAGUCGUGUUAGGGACCAUUUCAGCGUGUUUCCUGUGUAAUCGGAGCUAUUUACUGGGAGUUUUUCUUACAGAAGACUAUAUUGUGCAAAACUGAAGAUGUGUUUAAAACAAAGUAUACCACAUUGGUGUUCAUUUAUUUCUAAUAAGCAGUACCUUUCAGCUUGAAGAGCUGCAACAUUUUGGUGUCGUGAAAGUAUUGUUUAUAACUGCAAGAUGACAAUAAUUAUACAAAAAACACAUUUUUUAACAACAUUUAUGAAUGUUAAAACAAUAUCUGUGCCAUAUGGCAGUUUAGGCUUGAGUUUUUGUUACAGAAACAUGCCGCAUUUGUGCAGCACAGUGGUGACGUUCUAAAACCUCUAACCUUUUAGCCAGUUAUCUAUAUUUAAAGAUACAUUUUAAACAAUAUUAGAGUAUGCCAUGUAUAACAGUUUAGACCUGAUUUUAUUUCUCUUCCAUCUUUAUUAUCAGUAUCCUGGACUCUGUCAAUGGUUACUUUAGCCUCAAACUAACACAUAUGGCAAAAUAAAUCAAAAGAGGCUUUAUAUAUACAUAGUCUAUAACUAUAAUGAGCUGUAAGAGGUCUAAGCUGUGAAUAAACACCAAGGUCUCCCACUUUCCUGUCUAUUCUACAGCCGGAAGCAUGUCUGAUGUAUGGGGGCCGGGAAUAUUCGGGCCUCAGUCCAGCCGGCACAUGACUGCCCUUGAACACUGUUUCCUAUGUGCGUCGUUGUUGACCCAAACAAGAGCAGCACUGCCCUCUUGAACAGUUAUUUUGGGCAUGAUAGAUCCCAUCCAUCCCACUGAGGUGGGGGAAUCAAAACAGCUGUAGGCAGGAAAAAGGUCUGGGUGCCAAAAAAAACCCUAAUGUAAUUAUUACCCGGUGAAUAUUCUGGGUGAAAACUCUACUGUAUUCUGUAUUUUUGUACAAAUGUAAACAUAUAUGAAAUAUGAAUAAAGUUCAUGUAUCCAAAUGUUA